AUGGCAGAGAAGGAGUUCUGGAAACGGGAGCUGCUGCAUCCCGCGUGGCAGCGCGAGCCUCUGGAGGCGGCCAGGCCGGCAAGGCCUAGUGCUAGGCCUACUAGGAUGCACCGGCCCACCGACGGGCCAGUGCCGGCGCAGGUGCCGGAGGGGGUGCGGUCGCAGCAGGCGCAAGGGGAUACCAUCAGAGGCAGCCUGCUGUAUCCGUACUCGCUGGCUGCCGGCCUGGCGUGCCUCCUGCUCCUGCUCACCGUGCUCGUCGGGUUCUUCUUCCUGCGGCGCAACAGACGCAAGGGCGACGACGAGGAACCGACGUCCACCAGCGUCCUCGUCUAUCCGUCGAAUCGGUCGGGGUCGCCGCCGCAAUAUCUAUUGCAUCUGAUGCCAGACGAAAGAAGAUACCUACAAUCGAAGCAGAAGAAAAAGACGUGUAAUCCUUACUUCGAUGAAACCUUGGUUUUCCAGGUUUCAGCCAAGGACAUGUCAGACCACACUCUGAAGCUGUCAGUUAUCGAUGGUGGUCGCACCAAGAAAAGAAGCGAAAUCGGACACGUCACUUUUCCGCUGAAAGAACUGGAAAUCGGAGAUGGCACUGAGCAGCAGCUCUUCAAGAUGGAUCUAGAGAAGGAGCCUCAAGAAAUUAGAUCUGACUUGGGCGAACUCCUGGUGUCCUUGGUGUAUAAUGAAAAUCUCAGCAGAUUAACAGCUACGGUUAUAGAAGCAAGAAGGCUCAAGGUAUGUACAUGA